AUGACCGACGCGCAGUUCAGAACCACGGGCGAGAACCUCUCUAUCGCGUGCACGCUGGGCACGUCGUCCUGGGCUGACGUGCCGGCCGUGUGGUUCGAGGAGGUUCACUGUUACAAAUACGGAAAAGGGGGGAACCCGUGUGUCGCCCUGCCGCUACCGAAAUGCAACCCUGAAAAGCACGCCGAAGGCAUCAUGGUUGGUCACUUCACGCAGUUGAUGAGUGAUCGGUCUUCCUUUGGCGCAUGCGCAGUUCGUUACUGCCGCCAGCCGUGCCAGUUGGGCGCCAAGACGGGGCAGAAAGUUCUCACAGUUUGCAACUACGCCGAAGGCGGGAAUGUCGAGGGCACCUAUCCCUUCAGCCGCCGUGUAGCGGAGCAGCUGAGUGCGAUUCACCCUGAGAUCUUCGAGGCGGCCGAGGACGAAGCAAGUCAGCAGGCGUGUCGCAAUACACAGAAGCUCUGGACAGAAAAGAACCCGUCCAAGAAAUUUUGA